AUGUCCUGCCCAGAAAGAAAUGAGGAUGACUCAGACUACGGAUCCGACUUCACUCCAGAUGAAGAGGAUCUGUUAAACGAACUACUGAACAAAGCCGUCGCGGAAUACGCGACCGAUGCCGACGCCACUUCGAUCUCGACACCAACUUGGAUCUCGACCCCAACACCGGUCGAACCCAUCACCGCACCAAAAUCCCCAGAACUCGCCGAUCUCGAGUCAUUGCAACCGGCAGCUUUAGAAGCACUCGUUGCAGAUAUCGAGGAUGGCGUUGAGCCACCUAGCGUCCGGCUGCCUAAGGUGCUGGGCCGGGAAGGGCCUCGUUCGCCGUGGCGGCAGUGGCAGCCUCGACCAGGUCAGGCGGUUAGAUGGGGUGCGAGUGCGAGUGCAAUGGGGAGGUCAAAUCCGCGCGCUGGUAACAACAACAGGCACAGCCCGUCUGUCGAGCACUCUAAUUCAACCGAGGGCCGAGAAAUAGAACGCGAGCGCAACGCAGCGCGCGCGCUCGAAUGGACACAGCAGGAUCCCGCGGAGGCGGCGCUCGAUACUCGAUCCCCCGUUGAACGCUUCCGGCAAGCACCCAACAAAGCGUUCUCGGUGACUGAUCUGGUCUCGCCGGCUUGGUGCGAGCUGCAGUACUGGUUCACGUUGACGAAACAUGGGCGGAAGAAGAGGACUGCUGCUAUGAAGAAGGGAAGCUCCAUGCACAAAACGCUCGAAGAUGAGAUUUACACUACUGUUCCCGUGGAAAUCACGACUAAAGAGGACGCGUGGGGUCUCAGGAUAUGGAAUGUUAUCCAGGGACUGCGCAUGCUGCGCGAGUAUGGCGUUACGCGUGAGCUGGAGGUUUGGGGCGUUGUCGAUGGGGAAUUUGUCAAUGGCAUUAUUGAUCAGUUGUCCUAUGAGUGUCCUGAUUCGGAGCUUGAGGCUACUGCCGCUGGGUACUAUGCAGAUGUUGUAGCGUCGCGCGCUGCGCUGCCGGAGUAUCAGAUGUCCUUGUCGGACUUUUUGCUUUCUUCUUCGCAAGGCGGAAUGAAGCUUUCUGACCUUGGACAGAAUGGAGAUGAGGAAACGGGGCAUGUUGAGCAGGAACUGCCUGCAGAAGUCUAUAACCUGCCCCGGAUUUAUUUGACAGACGUGAAGACGAAGGGUAACCGAUCACUCCCGAAUGUCAAAAGUUCAGGGUUCCGGCCUACUCUUCUUCAGCUGCAACUCUACUACCAUAUGCUCAACCGGCUGAUCACGAGCGACGAUGUCACUAUUGACCUCCUGGCCGCUCGUUACGACUUCGACGCCGAGAAACCGUUCACGAACGCCUUCGUCUCGGAGGUUGGCGGCCUGAACGACCAAUUCUUCGACGCUCUCUCUUCCCAAGAAUCCGAACAGAACGAGGGUCCUCCUACUGCUAGCCAGGACUCGACCGGCAUGCUCCUAACACACAACAACCUUUCCCGUCUUUGGAGUCUCAUGAUACAACAACUCCGUCUCACAUUCCUUCCCGAAAAUUCCUCCGACACGCGAUCUAUCGCACCAUCUAUCCCUUCAACUUCCCAGCCAGAGCUCUUGGAAGAAUACUCAACCCUCCUCUCCCCGGUGCUCACAGCUAGAUAUCUCUCGUCCGCCGCCAACGAAGACCAAGAGAGACAGCUUAUCGGAAGCCGAUCUUUCCUCUUCGAUCCGACAUCCCUCACCUCCUACCUCAGUGACCAGAUGACCUGGUGGCGCGGCAAGCGAGAUCCUCGCGGUGUGGAUAUCAUAGACGCGUGGAAAUGUCGGAUCUGCGAGUUCCGUGAUGAAUGCUCCUGGCGUGAGGAGCGUGAGAUGGCUUACGCGAGACGGGGUGGAGGUCGAAGAGCUGGGCCCAUUGCGGAUAUAUGA